AUGGAAGGUGACUACUUCCUUGUCGUAGUGGAUGCUUUUAGCAGUUGGCCGGAGGUCAUUCGGAUGCGUUCAACCACGGCGGAGAAAACGGUCAAGGCAAUGGCUGAAAUAUUCGCUCACUGGGGUCCUUGCAAAACGAUCGUUUCGGACAACGGACCACAAUUCAUACCAGAAACUUUUAAAAAAUUUUGUAUGGCGGAAGGCAUUCAGCACAUCACCUCAGCUGCUUAUCAUCCACAGUCGAACGGAAGGGCGGAAAAGUUCGUUGACACUCUCAAGACGGCUUUGCGAAAACUUGAAGGGACGGAUGGUGGCAUCGACUCUCAUCUUAGGAUCUUCCUGAGCAGCUAUCGCCGAACUCCAUCUAAUGCGUUCAACAAUAAAUCACCGUUUGAACUCAUGACGGGACGCAAAAUGCCUUCGAAAUUCGAUCUUUUGCUCGAACGGUCAGACGGAAAAGGUGAUCCUAAUGUAAAGAUGGCUCAACAGUUCAACAGACACCACGGAGCGAAAGCACGAACAUUUGGCAUCGGAGAGACAGUUUACUAUCAGAUGCACCAUGGCAAUGACUGGAUGUGGCAUCCAGGAGUUAUCCUAAAGCAACUGGGAGAAACAAAUUUCCUAAUCAACGUGAAGGACCGAAUCAUUAAGGCGCACAAGAAUCAACUGCAACGACGAGUGUCACCAAUUCAUCAGGACAAUGAAACCGAUCAUUACGACGACUUUGAUUGUAAUUCCUAUUCGUGUCAGAACAAUCAGGUCCUUGAAAGCCCUCUUCCACAAGAUGAUCCAAACGAAAGCCGCAUGACAGGCUCAUUCGACGAUGCCGAUGGAGAAUUCUCAGAAGAAGUACAAAUUCAGCCAUACGUCAACGAUCGCCCACAUCGCACUACAGCAGGAAAACUGCCCGAAAAGUACAAAGACUUCGUGAUGGCAGUCCUGGCCAAGCAUGCAUAA